AUGCGACUUUUCAACUUCGCCGCCGCAUUCGCUGCGAUAUUCGCAACUACUGAGGCUUACUGGAAAGGCUUUAAUAUCGGCGCGAACAACCCAGAUGGGUCCUGCAAAACCCGCGCCGACUGGGAGCUCGCCUUCAACACGCUCAAAUCCCUCCCCGGCUCCUUCAUCGACGUCCGCCUCUUCGCGAGCUCAGACUGCGGGACCCUUGCCAACGCCGUGCCCGCCGCGCUCGCGACCGGCACCAACCUCCUCGUCGGCAUCUGGACGCAAGACGCGGCGCACUACGAGGCAGAAAAGAACGCACUGGUCGCCGCCAUCAACGCCUACGGCACCAGCUGGAUCCUGGCCAUCUCCGUCGGCAGCGAGGAUCUCUACCGCAAGGAGACGUCUGCUGCGGUGCUCGCGGGCCAGAUCUAUGACGUGAGGGGCAUGGUCAGAGGGCUAGGGGCGACGCAGGAGGUUGGGCAUGUCGAUACCUGGACUGCAUGGGUCGACACAGCGAAUGAGGCCGUGAUCCACGCCUGCGACUUCGUCGGCAUGGACGGCUAUCCCUACUGGCAGGGCGCGACGCCCGUCCAGAUGCGCGACGUCUUCUGGGCUUCCGUCCAGGCGACCCGCGACGUCGUCCAUCGCGUCAAGCCGGGCACGUGGGUCUGGAUUACAGAAACGGGGCAGCCGGUCAGUGGGGACAAGUUCGGCGACAGCGUGCCCAGCGUGGCGAGCGCGCAGAGCUACUGGAAGGAGGUCGCGUGCGAGGCGUUCCGCAGCGCGCAUGUCUUCUGGUAUGCAUAUCAGGACUGGUCCAGUAACCCGAGCUUUGGCGUUAUCGGGGCGGAUGGGCGGCCGAUCUAUGACCUGACCUGCUAG